AUGUCGUUCGUUUCGUGGAUCUGCGUGGCUUUUCAGGAGACCAUCCCAGUCCAAAAAGACAACCAACAGGAGCCCGACGGUGCCACGCUACAGCGGUUCCAGUUGAUCAUCACCAAAAUCAAGGGCAACUCGGCCAAAGUGGUGAUCGUCCUGAGCACGGAGCUGUCCCUCCUCCCCUUCUUUAGGGAAGUAAUCAACCAGAACCUAACUGGCCUGGUGUGGGUGGCAUCCGAAGCCUGGGCCACUGACCUCUCCAUCUUCAGCAUGCACAAUAUCUCCAGCAUCGGUUCCGUCUUUGGCGUGGCGGUGCAGGACGUCCCCAUCCCGGGGCUGGACGAGUUCCGCAUCAAGUCACCGAAGGUCAGAGAAGCCGCCCCGCCGAUGUGCAACCAAGAAUGCGAUGACUGCCUGUUGAUCACGCGGCGCUAUGAUGCCAGCAUCCGGGCCGCCGGCAACCGCAUCGAUUUCAACGUCUACUCCUCUGUCUAUGUUGUUGCCCAUGCUUUGCACGCCUUGCUGGGCUGCAAUAAAACUGGAUGCUCCAAGCAGACCUUUUACCCCUGGCAGAUCGUGGGGAUCAUCACUCGGCACAACCUGACCCACGAGUACCUCCAGGCCCGGCUCCGGCAGCAUUACCAGACCCUCUGA